AUGUCCCAUGCAGCAGACCGAGCGCAGCAAUCGAUCCGGGAAGCAAUGGACCGCACUCGACCCGUUCCUCAACAUGCGAUCAAAGCAUCCGGCCGAACGCACCGGUCAACCAGGAAGGCAAAGGACUACGAUCGACCCAGGUCAUCACGUCACGACCAAGACCAUCACAUAAUGGCCGACCCCGACGGCCGACCACAUCCCUUACACGGUCGACCCGAGCUCCGCGAACAAGAAGCCCACUUAUGCAGUUUGACUAUUCUUGGCCCGUCUUACCUCAACCGACUUGUGGAAGACCUAGGGCACUAUAAAUACUCCUUUUUAGCCUCUUUAGAAGGGAUAGCCGCAUUAGUUUUAGAGUUUUCUUACAUUGAUUUCGUUUUAGAGCUUCAUGGGAGAAGAUCUCACCUUUGUAACACAAUAGAGGAGAUUUCUAAACCCUUUUACUUUCUAUCAAGUUUUAUUAUGAAUUCUUCUUCAUCUCUUUGCUUGAUAUCUGUUACUAUGUUUGAGUAA